AUGAAUGCCACAUUAGGCUCACCUCCUCCUUCAAACGGACACCCGGAAAGGUCAACAUUACACCACAGGAACGUCAACUCCCGAACCGCCAACAGCAUUCACCAGACGCCGCCGCCAAUAGACAAUGGUUUAUUGAUUCCCACAGGAGCGGUCUUGUCACCUCCAGAUUCUUCUCAGAACUCAAGCGAUGAGGACGAUGUCAUGGGCCGUGGUAAGAGGAGAGGUCGCAACCUUGGAAACCUUGAGGAGCAGCUGAAGGAGGCAAUCAAGAACAUCCCCCAACGACGGGCACCGUCACCGGAUUCUUCAAUAAAGCCAAUGUCACCUUCAGACGGGGAGAGCAAGCGUGGAAGACACCAGAGGUCGAUCUCGGAGUCGACAUUACUGAACGAUUACGGUCUCAGACCGGACUCAAACAGUGAUAGCGAUUACGAGGACGAUGGCUACCGGAUGGCACCGCCCAUGGUACGCAAGAAGAGCGGUGAAGUUGUCAAGUCGUCACUGAAAACCCCAAACCGAUCACGGCCGGUAUCUAUGCCAUCGACCCCGACCUUCCCUAAGGCAGUGCAUUUCGAUGCUCACCUUGAGCAUGUCAGGCAUUUCCUACACCAGGAGAAACCUUCGGCUGUCAGUGCUGGCUCAUCACCAGUAGAAUCUUUUGAUGGCGAAAGAGAAUUCCCAUUUCCUCACGAGGAGGCUUUCCGAUCUCGGGAACCGCCUUUUGAGUGGGAGAUUAACCUACCAAACUUCCCUAAAGAUAUGGAUGCACGAAAGAACUUGCCUGUCAGAGUGGAGAGAGUAUGCCUAUCCAACGAUAACAAGAACCUGAUCGGUACGGUGGCUGUCAACAACAUGUCCUUCCAGAAGUCUGUCGUCGUUCGGUUUACUUUGGAUCAUUGGGAAACAGUUUCGGAGGUUAUUGCGGAAUUCAACAGUGACGUCAGGAAGAAGAAAAGGGAGGAAGGUGUUGACCGAUUCAUCUUCAACAUCAAACUUGUCGAUCAGGUCAACUUUAGCAAGAAGGCAAAGCCCCAAAAUGGAAAGAACGGUGGUGCCAGAGUUGCCCUGCCUCGAUCCAAGCCCUCGAACGCCCCUCGACCCAAGUCGAUGCCCAACUUUGACGAGCUUGAAGGCUAUGAUGGUGCUUUCUUCUCGAAGGAUUCAGAUGACAUUCCGAUUCCCCUACUUCCAAAGAAGUCACUCGAAAGCAUUACCGAUACCACUGAGUCGCUGGCGCGUCGAGCAAAUCCGUCCGGCAACGCUUUCGGUAACCGUUAUGACUUUGGUGCUUCUUUGAACGCCGCCAUCAAGGCUGCCAAUCUGGUCGUCGGUCCUAAGCGAAGUGGGUUGGGAAUCAAGACUGAUAAGUCUGAUAAGAACUCACAAGAGAGCCCGUACUUCAAGUUUGGAAGUGCCGUUCUUGAGGUUACUGAGCCCAGAGUUUCGGAAGUCCGCAUUGCGAAGACUCCCGUUGUUGCCGCUCGUGCCUUGAGGAAUGCGUCACCCGAUAAGAAUACCUCGACUCCCAUCGAGAGCCCAACCACUGUCGGGGCCGGUGCACCUGAGGUGUUUCAGCCGAGUGCAUUUGUUGGAGAGAAGCCUUCAAUUGAGUCAUCAUCGUACCGCGAGCUUCUUGACAACUACUGUUUCUUUGGAUCAGCGAAGGCAUCGCCGCAGAUGUCGGAUAGUGAGGUUGGGGAAAAAAAGUCCCAGGAUUCGGCACCGGGAAACCAGAGCCUUUUUUCUGGGGCCAUCUUUAGUACUACAGCAGAGCCAAGGAUCGUGAAGGAGUCUGAUCUAAACCCCAGAUAUACACCAUCUCCUUUGGAAGGCUCGCCAGCCAGUUCGUUUUUGAGGACUUCAUCAGGGACGGGGAGCUAA